UAGAGAGACAUUCACAAACAGGACGAGAGAGAGAGCGCGAGCGAAAGAGUAGUUGCAAGCUUGCAAGACUGUGCUUCAGUUUGUCAUCACCCGGGCGGCAGCCUAGCAGCACGCGAGUAAGCAGCGAGCAACCGAGCCGAGGCGCACCGGAACCGGACGGCACUGCGAAUCGACAUCACAGAGGAGUUUUUCUUUCUUUCUGUAAUCUUUCUUCCGUUUAUCCUCUUUCCCCCCCAUUUCCUUUUAACUUAAAAUUGUUUACAUCCCCCGCUCACUUUUUGCUCCAAAGAACCGGAACCUCCUCCACCACCGCCUAGCAGAACCUCGGACGUGAUGCGCACCUCCGCCGCGUAGACGGCUGAUCCGUAUCUCACUCGCAAAAAGUGGACUUAAUUGAGAGAGGAAUAUUCUCUUGGCUUCAUUGGAUUUCAACUGCUUUUCACUCUUCAAUCGUGUGGAUUUUUAGCCCAUUUUUCCUGCUUUUUUGCACUCUCCGAGUUCCGGAGUGGACACCGACGACAAGCGGAGCCUGGAGUGCUCCAAACUAGGCUACCGCGCAACGCUCACCCGCUCCAGAUUAAUGGCGGCCCCAAGGCAGCACUUCCUACUCUGCCUGGCGGCAGCACUACUAUCGUGGUGCAACGCCACCCCCACCGACAUCCUUUACCGGGUCCUCGAGGAGCAGCCGCCCAACACCCUGGUGGGCAGCCUGGCGUCGGACCAGGGGCUCCCUGACAGCGGGCACCUGUACAAGCUGGAGGUGGGCUCUCCCUAUCUCCGCGUAGACGGGAAGACAGGCGACAUCUACACCACCGAGAUCUCCAUUGACCGCGAGACCCUCAGGGACUGCCGGAACCUCUUUGAUGAUGACAAGUGUUACCUAGAGUUCGAGGUGUCCAUCACGGACAUGGUCAAAGGCAUCGGAUCAGGGCCUCGCCUCAUCGAGGGCCGCAUCGAGGUUCUGGACUCCAACGACAACACGCCCCAGUUCUCCUCACCCAUUCUCACCCUGUCUAUUCCUGAGAACACCCACGUGGGGGCUCUUUUCUCCAUCCCCAUGGCGACCGAUCGUGAUGCCGCUAGUAACGGCGUGGCCGAAUACUACCUGAGCACGGGACCCGACGCCGAACAGCUCUUUGGACUGCAGGUGGCGGUGGACACGGACGAGAAGGUGCCCCAGCUGGUUGUUAAGGGGAACCUGGACCGUGAGAAGAAGGACUCGUACGACCUAAACAUUCGCGUGGUGGACGGUGGGCGGCCGCCCAGGGCCAGCAGCGCCCUGCUGAGGGUGGUCGUCACCGACCAGAACGACAAUGCGCCAACGUUUGAGAGGAGUCACUACGAUGCUGAGCUGGCGGAGAACAGCCCGCUGGGACACUCGGUGCUGCAGGUCCGCGCCAACGAUGCUGACACGGGCACCAAUGGCGAGAUCGACUACAGCCUGCACCAGAUGUCCGAGGCAGUCCAGAGACUUCUGCGCAUCGACCGUUCCACAGGAAUCAUCUAUGUCAAAGGCAUGGUGGACCGUGAGGAGGAGAACAUUCUCAAGUUCUUCGUUGUGGCCAAAGACCGUGGGCCGAACUCUAAGAGCUCCAAAGUCCUGGUGACCGUCAAGGUCCGGGACCAGAAUGACAAUGCUCCCACUAUCGAGAUCCGCGGCAUUGGCCUAGUAACUCACCAGGAUGGAAUCGCCAACAUCUCAGAGGACAUGCCGGUGGGCACCGCUGUGGCGUUGGUCCAAGUGUCGGACCGUGACGAGGGGGAGAAUGCGGUGGUGACAUGUGUGGUAGCCGGCGAUGUCCCAUUCCAGUUACAGCCUUUGGGUGAGUCCAGCAAUGACCGUAAAAGGAAAUACUUCCUGCAAACCACCACGCUGCUGGAUUACGAGCGAGUGAAGGAUUACAGGAUUGAGAUUGUGGCAGUGGAUUCCGGCAACCCCGCUCUGUCUAGCACCAACUCCCUAAAAGUGCAGGUCACUGACAUGAAUGACAACACACCCAUCUUCUCCCCAGCCAUUGUGGAAGUUGACUUUGCUGAAGGGAACCAGCCUGGUGACAAGGUGCUACAGGUGCUGGCCGCUGAUGCUGACAGUGGCAGUAAUGCUGAGCUGGUCUACAGCAUUGUGGAGCGCUCAUCCACCACUCUCUUUGAAAUUGACGCCAGUAGCGGCCAGAUUCGAGUAAAGAACCUGUUGGAUCGUGAGGAGAUAGAGCGCUACGAGUUUCGUGUGGCGGCAGCUGACAAAGGCGUCCCGAGCAAAACUGGCACAGCAACAGUGAUAAUUAACGUCCUGGACCGGAACGACAAUGACCCUAAAUUCAUGCUGAGCGGUUAUAGCUUCUCCGUCAUCGAGAACAUGCCACCACUCAACCCCGUGGGGGUGGUCACCGUUACAGACAUUGACAAGGGCGACAAUGCCAGAGUAAAGCUGUUUGUUGAGCCCGACAAUGGCAAGUUUAUCAUCCAGAAUGGCACUGGAAACAUUUUGUCCAGCAUCUCCUUCGAUCGAGAGAAGGAAAGCAUCUACACCUUCCAAUUAAAGGCGGUGGACGCCGGUGACCCCCCUCGCUCCUCCUAUGUGGGCGUCACCAUCAAUGUACUGGACGACAACGACAAUGCCCCUUAUGUCACCACACCUGCCAACUCAUCCUACACAUACCUGAGCCCUGUCACCCCAUUGGAGACCCUCGUGGCGGUAGUGGAUGCUGAGGACUUUGAUUCCGGACCUAAUGCUGAGCUGGACUACACCAUCACUGGGGGUAACCCCUAUGGACUCUUCCAUAUUUCGCCCACCACGGGAGAGAUCACAUUGGCGCAGAAAUUCACCGGCAAGCACAACGGGCUGCAUCGGCUGGUGGUUCAGGUUCGGGACAAAGGCAAGCCGCGCCGUCACACAACCGCGCUGGUACAUGUCUUUGUCAAUGACACCAAGGGCAAUAUGUCACUGGUUGAGGCUCUGGUGGGGCACAGUUUGUACACCCCCCUGGACCGAGACAUCGCAGGGGACCCCAACUAUGCCCUGGCACAGCGUAGUAACAUCCUGUAUGGAAGCCUGGCUGGAAUCGCCGGUGUUAUCAUGGUCAUUGUGGCCGUGGUGGUCAUCAGGCACAGGCUCCAGAAGGACGCAAAGAGCGGCUACCAAGCGGGAAAGAAAGAGAGCAAAGACCUGUAUGCCCCCAAGCAGGGACCCAAAAACUCCAAGGGGAAAAAGAGCAAGAAAGGCAAAGCUCCCAAACCGGCCAAACCUCUGGAAGAGGAUGAAGAGGCCAGCCUCCAGAAGGGCCUCAAGUUCAACCUCAUCAACGAAGCCGUAAGCGACAGCCCCCGGAUACAUCUGCCCCUCAACUACCCGCCGGGUAGCCCCGAUCUGGGGCGCCACUAUCGCUCUAACUCGCCGCUGCCAUCUAUCCAACUUCAGCCGCAGUCGCCCUCUGCCUCCAAGAAGCACCAGGCGGUGCAGGACCUCCCUGCUACUAACACCUUCGUGGGCACGGGUGACAACAACUCCACAGGCUCCGACCAAUACUCGGAUUACAGCUACAAGGCCAACCCGCCCAAAUACAGCAGCAAACAGCUGCCACACCGUCGGGUGACUUUCUCUACGGCCAAUCAGGCGCAAGACCUGCAGGAUGCGUCGCAGCACAGCUACUACGACAGCGGACUGGAUGAGUCGGAGACUCCCAGCUCCAAGUCGUCAUCCGGGCCUCGGAUCGGCCCACUGGCGUUGCCCGAGGACCACUACGAGCGCACCACACCUGACGGCAGCAUAGGUGAAAUGGAACACCCCGAGAAUGAUCUGAGGCCCCUCCCGGACGUGGCCAUGACAGGCAACUGCACGCGUGAGUGCACCGAGUUCGGCCACUCGGACUCAUGCUGGAUGCCCGGCCAGCCUUCACCGAACCGCAAGGUGCCCAAAGGGGCCGCCGUUCCCCCGAAGCUGUCCACCUUCGUGCCUUACCAGGAGAUGGACGCCACCCACGACCCGCCUCCACCCGUGGCUAACGGCAGUCCUAAACCCAUCCCCGUGGAAGAGCGUGGUGUGGGCGGUGGCAGGGUUGCUAACAUGCGCUUCAUGACGCCCUACAGCAGUGCCUACCCCCUGGGGGCCGCCGGCCAGACCCCUGCCAAAGACUGCGGCCUGGAGGAGAUCCCCCUCAGCCAGGCAGUGGAGUUCCACUCAGCCACCACCCCCACAGGCCACGCCGGCAAGAGGGAGAUCUACCUGUGAGGGUGGACCGUGCCGCGUCACUCUCCUUUGACGCUGCUCACUUGAACACCUUGACAAAAACGCCACCCCAGCCCACCUCACUAUCCGCCUCAACACCUUACCAGGAUCUGAAACCUUUCCUUCACUGUCCCCUAAAUACCAUUCCGCCCAACUAUUCACCUUCAUGCCCACCCAAAAACACAACCCCCACCCCUAACCACCUCACCCCUCAAUCAGCUCCUUUACAGCCCCUGAACACCUCACCACCCCAAAUGACAUCCCUGCUCUAUUAAACCACCUUACUGUCCCUACGGAAACCAUAUUCUCCAACCAACUCACCACCCCUUUAAACAUUUCAUUGAUCUCUCAAACACCUUUGUUACAAGCCCAAACACCUCCCUAAUUGCUUGUGAGCGCCUCAACACAUCGUUAACACACGAAACACAUUUCCCGCCCCUCCAUGACCUCACCAUAACCCCAAAGCCUUUCCAUACCCAAAUAAACGCCCGAAGCCCGAAACACCUCAUGGGUUCUCCUGAAUACCUCACCACCUCCAGCAAACCUUUCACCGAGCACCUCUCCUGCCCUUAAACACCUCACCUGUGCCUGGUUGUGUUUUAGCACAGCCCACAUUCCCUUACGCCCACUGCUCUAGGCCCCGCCCACCUGGCUUUGUGCCAGCCAAUCAGCUGUAAAUGAGGAAAUGGAAAGAAUGUAAACAACAAACUGCUUUGUGUCUUCUUUUUUCACCCCCACCAUCUCACCCCACCACCCGACGCCUCCCCUCGAGUGGGCUUUGUUGUAAAUCUUUUCUCACUAUUCUGCGUGAAACUAUCUAGCUUGACUUUGAACUUCUUUCUUUGGAUUUAGUGGAAGAAUUUCUGGACGUCAAAAAAUCUGGCAUGUUUGGUUUUUAUCCUUUGUGUUACGAGGAUAUUUGCCUUGUUAACAUAUGGAGGGAAUCUUUUUUUUUCCCCCUAAUUCCACAUGUAAAUACAUUAUUGUAAAGCUUAUGUGACGUCACGUUGCUGGACUGAUGAGUUUUACAUGUACAGACGCUGCAGAAUUUUCUUUUUGGGGCGGGGGUGCUCGUGAAGGGACAAAAUUGUUGGGAAGUUAUCCACAAGUUUACUGCCAGAUCAAAACUGAAACUUUCAUCGUCGUCGUCAUCAUCAAGGUUGUAAUUAGUAAUAUUCAAGUGAAUCCGAAAUGUUUUUGUGAUUGUUGUUGUCGAUUCAAUUUUGAUUGACACAGAAUUGAUCAACAGAGGAAGUCAAUCAACGUAAUAAAAAUCAGCACAAAUAAUCAAGUUGAUGUAAAUUGUUCCCGACAUAAUCAUCAUAAUUAACAACUGUUGUUCAUCCCGUGAGGAGCCAGAAUGUUGACAUCAAAACAUUUAUGAUAAUUUCACCUAUUGAGGGCCACAUUUCAGUUUGGUUUUGGUGCCUAUUUUAUUGGAGUGAUCUUCUUCCAAAUCUGUUAAUCUAAAAAGUAGUUUAUGAAGAAGUAUUUCCAUUUCAAUGCCCAACACACACCUCUACCUUCCUCCUCCUCUUCAUCUUUCCUCUCGUCCUGGCCGUCAGGAAUCAGGUCAUUUUUUUCCACUUUGCGCCUCCCAAGCGGCCGGUGUGUUUUGCUGCGUGAGGUAAAGACGGAGGACAGAGGUUACAUUUACUCUUUGCCACCAAUUAACCUCAGCUGACCCUCUGUGGCCUUUUGCUGCCUCUGUUGGUUUUUAGUGUGUGUGUGUGUGUGAGAAAGAGUGCAGUUCAUUUUUUAAAGUUUAAAGGCAGUGUCACAAAUUAUUCGUCUUAAUUUGAGACUUUUUGACCCUGCAAAGAAAAAAAAGUUGUUUUUUUUUACUCACUUUAAUUUAUUAGCCUGCCAGAAAACAACACUUUGAAAUUUCACUAUCAUCGUUGGGCAAUAAAAUUACCCCCAAUUCCUGAUUUGUGUUUGAUUUUGCAACGUGAAAUUCGGUAGACAUGUCUAUUAUGAGUAGAACCACAAAAAAGUCUCAGAACAACAUUUGCAGCAUUUCUGGCUCUCCUAAGGACGAAGCAGUUCAUUAGCCUAAUAGCACAGUUGCCUAUGUUAUCGAGUUGAAUGUUUUUGGUUUUAAAAAAGAAUCGUGAUACAAUUUAUUUGGCAAAAAAAAAAAAUUUAAAAAAUGCCAACAUGCUUGCAAAAUUGUUCUUGUUUUUGAAGAACUUUUCAGCAACUACAUUUAAUAAGUUACUACAACUCAAAAGUGUUUUGCUUUCUAUCCUUGCAUUGCUUGCAAAUAUUUAGACUGGAAAAUUCCUCUGAUAAUGAAUCAUUAUUUUUUUUAAAAAAUCAAACUGUCUUGUUCAAAGUAUAACUGAUCACCCAAAGUGAAAAGUAAAGUUCCUCCCUCCCGCACACGCUACAUGCUAACGCUAACACUGAGCGCGUCUUACAUUAACGCCACAGGGUGCCUUGUGUAGCGUGUACAGCACGAGUGGCGAGAGUCCGAAUUAUUUUGUUUUUAAAAACGGAAAAGUCAGGUUUGACGAGGAAAGGCAGGUUGUUAAAAACAUUACAUAGACAAAAGAGAAGAACACAUAGUUAAAGUUCUUUGAAGUAUUUUGUAUUCAAAACAAAUCAUGUACAAUUUGACACUCAAAUUUUCAACGUUUGACAAGCGUUGGAAAGGACGUUUACCACAACUCAUAUUUUUUUGUUUUUUUAUUGUGUAUUAUAAUUCUGAGCAUGAAAUAAGCAGACUUUAUAAAUAUAAAAAGGUUUUGAGGCUGUCAGUUUUCUCAUUUGAUCAGUCAAUUACUGGUUUCCUGUAUCAAUAUGUGCUCUACAUUUUAUUUAUUUUUUUUUUCUCCUUUUUAACAAAACUUUGAGCGGGCACACUGUGUUUUUAUACCUCCCAACUCCAUUACCGCCUGAUCGGCAUAUCACCACAACAACUCGCCACGAACAGUCAGUCCUUCAAAAGUGUUAAACUUUCCAAAAUGAAUCAAAACCAGAAAAAUGAAUGCAGAUUUGAUCCAACAUAUGAGACGUGCAAACAAUGACGUUAAAUGCCAAUUUGUAACCAGCUCUCCAUUUUAGCCACAAAUAGGAAUUUCAAUACCUUCAAAGGUGUUAACAAAUCACAAGUUACAUCGAGAUGUUUGUUUCUAAGUCUUAAAUCACAAGUUAUUGAUGUGGGAAUCAUUCAAGCUAGCAAAAUCAUGUUUGCAUUACGUAAAAUAAAUAAAUAAAGUGAAACAAAAGAGUAGUGCAAAUGACUGGAAAAAUGAAAUCUAAUGGUUAUUCAAGUUGACCUUUUAUUAUUUACAAAAAUGUCUUUUUUUAUUUAAAGGAACUGCAGUAUUUUUCUAAUGUGACAAACAGAUCAAUGCUAAAAAAAAAGAACAAUUUUUUAUGACUAACUCCCAAACGUGGUUUCUUGUCAUUUUCUUACAAGCUCUUAACUUGCCCAGUUAAUUAUGAAUGAUUCAGGCUGCUAAAACUAAAUCAACCUCCUUGUAAUGUAAAAAAACAAAUUUAGUCAAAACCUAUGACAAGUGCCAAUAAACGUUACAAAUCAAUUUGCUAAAAUCCCUCCAGUUAAUUGUUUCAGUAGAGUUCUAAUUUUGUGAAUUAAAAAAGGUAAUAUUUUUCAAAUGGAACACACUAGCCGACAUUUUCUUUCUUACCAUAAUUGUUACGUAUGUGGCAGAGGUUUUUAGGCUAAUAAAUUAGCAUUAGAAAUUUGUAAACACAACUUUUGUAAACUUCUGACGCACACCACAAAGGUAACAAAAAAAUAAAGGAAAAUAUCGCCUGCGGAAACUUUUACCAAUUUUGAAGCAGGAGACUUUUUUUGUUUUUAGAAUUACUGAGAAGAAGCCUGUCCAUGUUUGUAGACUUGCUGUGGGUUGGUUAUAUUUCUAUAGAAACAAUGCUAGUGAUGCCUUGUUUUUUGUACAGUUUUAUGUACAUGCAAUUGUACUUUUCUUUUUGUUUUCUGAUGAGAUGACAAAUAUGAAUAUAUAUAAAUAUAUAUAUAUAUUAUCUUGUAUCUAUACUCGAAGCGUGUGAAGGAAACGUGGCUCGUAAGCUUGUCCUUGUUCGUAGGCUCGCGUAGGCUCGUCGCGCCGCUCGUCCACUUUUGAUUUAGAUGUUUUUGUUGAUUUUUUUUAAUGAUGUUAUAGCAAAGGAAUGUCGAGUGAUGACGUGUUAUCUUUUUUUUUAUUUGUUGUUGCUUUGUUUCCUUCUUCCUUCUUUGUCCAUUUGCAUGUUUGACUUUGGAAUCAAUGUCAGUGUUUUUUGGGGGGAAUGGUUUUGCUGAGCAAAUCAAAGAAAUGAUGACAUGUAAUUACUUCUUCCUCAUGGCUUUACAAUAAAAUACACUAAGUUCAA